AUGUUCCGGCUUCGCCUGCUGCCGCUCCUGCUCUUGUUCGGUCAGGAACAGGCGGAACAGGCUGAGCCACAGAGUUCACUCAGUGAAGGGACGGAGAAGACCGAAGAGCUGCAAAGCCGUGUUGCGACGCUGGAAAAGGAGAUCUCCUUCUUGAACCGGAUCUCAGAACUGGAAGCUCAGAUGCAGGCCUUGCGCAAGCAGCUGGCGGACUGCGAGCGAUCGCGGGACACGUCCUCUAAAACUGCAAACACAAGGACCUCAUCUGAAUACAGUCUGUUCAGUGUUGCGGCCGCUUUAACCAACGACUUGGCCAGUGCACUUUUGCCGAUGGUGUUGGGCAUCCUGGCCUAUGUUUCUGCGACCACUGGCUUCGCUCGUGACGAGAAGUUGAAGAAAGCUCGCCACAGCUGCAGCUCGACGGAUGGAGAGCCCUUUGCUGCACAUGAUUUGAGCAGCUCCUCCACGAAAAAAGUCCAGCCGAAGCGCAUACGAGGUGAUUCGCCUUCGACCGCGAAGUCACCGACAGCUAGGGAAGAUGAUGGAGGAAUGGAGGCUAUUGGAACGUUACCUGAUCCGGAUCCUCCAGAUCCUUGUGACCAUGGUGUUCCUGAUGUUCCUUGCCAGAAUGUCUCCAAGGAGGAGGAAAUUCCUGCGGCAAGUCUGCUGCCGGAGCCGGACGAGCUUCCACAAGAGCACGCAGAAGAAGUGAGAUGCUACCUCAGUCUCAGUGAGGCCCCUCCUGGGCUUCCACCUCCGUUUCGCCCGCCUCCCGGGCUAACAAGGGUGGAGCCACUGCCAGUGUUUCAACUGGACUUGAACAGGGUGCAGGAUGUGGCGGAUGCAGCGGAUGCGGCGGAUGCGGUGCUGGUCGCCGAUUCUUACCUUCCCGAUGCACCUCUCAACAUGGUGCCCGGGAGCCUGCAGAGCUUGCAGAGCCUGGAAGGUGACGAGAACGACAUGACGGACCAAGCCGCCUGUCACGAGGAUGCGCAGGAUGGGCAUGAGCUAGAGCAACAGCAGAUCACGCCAAAUGCUCAGGAAGGUGAAGUGUGGCCGGAAGCUGAGGAAGACGACGGGGAGGAUGGCGAGGAGGAGGACGAAGAGGAGGAGGAGGAAGAAACAGAGGAGAGAUCAGAGCCUGAAGAGGCAACGAAACUCGCCGAACAGGUCGAGGAGAACGAUCUUAACCAGCUGGCAGAUCACAAGAAUCACAAUUCCAGCGGGACGAAUGGAAACGUAAGCCACAAGAGGCCCAAGAAGAAGCACGGCAGUGGUGCGGAGGCUUGCAAGGAGAGAGGACGGCGUGCGAAACAGAAGCGCCCAGAAAGGGACGCAGCAGAUCCAAAACCCAAAGUGAAAAAGAGGUCAGCUAGCCCUGAUCAGCCUCACCUGGAGCAGCGGCAGUGUCGAUCAAACAUCGUUCUCCUUGCUCUGGCAGUUGCAGUGAUAGCUGGGAUUGGUUACAAAGUGAUCGGGGUCCUUCCAGCACGUCACAGCAACUUGUCGUCCUUCAUGGAGGAGUCCCUACCGGAGCAUUGUACGAACGAAAUACCAGGUCAUGUCGUGGUGAUGGGUCCGGAGUACAAACUUCCAAAGAAGAUCGUGGAAACAAAGCCGAGCAUCUCCUUGCACGCACCAUGCUUUCUGAAAAGCUUCCAAAAGGUAAGCAAGAAGUACCGGCCGACAGGGAAUUGGCAUUGGUACAAGACGGGACAAGCUUCCGGAGAGCAGCUAAGCAUUCAACAUUCCCACGAGCCUCCGAUCUUCUCGGCACGUGCGAGGGAUGACAGCGCUGUGGUGACUUUCCUCACGGACAACAUCUUUCCAAAGUUUGGUGAAUUGAACGACAUGAGCUACGAGUGGUACGUGCUUCAACAGGACGCAGGCUUCGUUGCGAUGCUGCCAGAUCCGGCCGCACAUGAGUCCCUCCAGGAGGCUCAGAGACAUUGGCGGCCUCUUUUCCAGAAACUGGCUCACACCUUCUACCCAAGAUAUUUCAUGGCCUAUGCAUCCACCUUUGAUGAACAGUCCCUGGAGUGGAUUCGGAAGGACUUCGGUGUAACCUCUUUCCCAGCGGUUGUAGUCUACACAGGACACCCGCAAGACCAGCUGCAGAUUGUCCAGCAAGACGUCCGCGAGAUGACAUACGACAACUUAGCACAGUUCAUCCAGGAUGUGGAGGAUGGUUGCAUGACGUGGCUACAUCCGAUCCUUACUUUUUACGAUUUGAAGCCCAUCACGGAGAAGGAGAUGCCAACUUGCCAAAUGAGAGCUUGA